UCAACCUCCGAGCGCCCCGUGCUGGCAGGCCAGGCUUUUUUUCGACGUACCGCCGCGAUUGACGCUGCGCGGGCGCGAUAAACCAAAGCCGUCGUUUGGGGCCAGCGCGGGCGACCGACGCCGCGCAGCGCCGCGAACGCACGCACAGCGGCGCCGCGCGCCCCGAGGAGCCGCGGACGACCGCGGACACCCGUAACGGAUGGCCCACGCGCGGCCGCCGCGGCGGAGCAGCGUCGGCGUGCCGCUCGACCAGCUCACGGAGUUCUGGCAGGUCUGGGACUGUUUGAGGGACUGCGGCUGGACGCAGGUGCGCGUGGGCGGCGACCCGCGCUUCGUGCGGCCGGGCUGCGCGUCGGGCUACGGGCAGGAGGGCUUCGAGUGGUUUGGGGAUGAUGAGGCCGUCCAGGACCAUGUCAGGGACCACUGCAUCGACGGGCGGGAGCGGACGGGCGCGCUCGAGUGGUGGGAGCUCUGGGACGCGCUGCGGGACCAGGGCUGGAAGAGGCAUCGGAGUGGCAAGUUACUGGCGCCGGGCGGGAGCAUAGAAGGUAGGGAAGGCGCACAAUGGUUCGCGGCGCCGGACGAUGUCGUGGCCUUUCGUAAAAGACCACCAACAAAAACGAAGGACAUCUCAGAGGCGUGGCGAGCAUUGGAAGCGUUAGGAUGGAAGGAGGACGCGCGCGGCCCGCACGGCCGCAAGGAAGCGAGGUACUUGCGGCCCGGCGGCGUGUCGGCGCGACGAGGCGGAAUAGAAGGCCAGGACUUCUUCCGGAGCCGCGAGGACGCUGUUGAGUAUGCCGCCAAACAUGUGCAAGAGGACGACGACGAGCUGAGGGUCGCGCCGGCAUCCCCGCAAAUUCCGCUGACCCAGGAGUCGCCCGACGACCCGGCAUCACCUAGACGCAUGUCCUGCCCCAUCGAAGCUCUUGGUUUAGGAGAUACGCCGCGAUGGCCCGUCUUCCGGAACUCGCCGAUCCCGUUCGACGAAAAUUACGGCGAGGACGGUCCUCAACAACGGCGCCUGCCACGACGGGAGCCGCCUGUCACCGAGGAGGACGACGACUGGGCGUCGCUCUGGAAGGAUCUGAAGAGGGUCGGGUGGAGUCGCGCGGCGCCGUCUGGACUGGAGACGGAACGCUUUUUACGGCCCGGCGCGGAGCACUGCAGAGCGCUAGAACACAAAAGGCACUUCUUCACGUCUAGGACAGAGGUGCGGGACUUUGUUCGGUCGAGACGAGUGGACUGCGACGAACUCACGGGUCAUGUGGACGAGGACGGUCCCAGUUCUUCAGACGACGACGUUCCCCAAGCCGUCGAGUCGCCGGAGAGCAGCGACUCCCCCGUACCACAAAGGGACACGCCGCUCUGGAGGAGGGCCCCGUCCGAGAUCUGGAAAACCCUCAGAGACCACGGCUGGACCUAUAAAACGGGGGAUCUCGAGUAUCCCUGGCACUACCUCCGACCGGGCGCGCGAAGGAAGGGCGGCAUCCUAGGCAUCGACUACUUCGGGAGCGAAGAGCAGGUCCGCGAGUUCGUCGAGCGGAAGAAAAUAGACUUGGUGACGACCUUCGGCCACGUCGACGAGGACGCCCAAGCGGCGCCGGCAGAGAAGGGUACGAGAAGGCAGCAGGCCCUGAAGGCGCCGUCGCCGGACCAGGCCGGCUACGCGCCGUCGUGGCGGGGCCCGUGGGCGCAGAGCUGGGCGCAGCUGCGGGAGCUGGGCUGGGAGUGGCGCUACGGUCCCGCCGGCGCGACGCGCUGGGUGCGGCCCGGCGGCAUCGACGACGAGUCCAAGAACGUCCGGAGGGACGCGCGGAGCGGCGCCGAGUUUUUUGAGGGCGAAGACGCUGUGUUACGGUUCUGCCGCGAGUGGCAGGUCGGCUGGCAGGGUCGGACGGGCCACGUCUCCGAGCAGAUGCUGAUGGGACGGGCGCGCGCGCCGCGGAAGUCCCAGGGCAGUGCGCAGAAAGGUCGCCGGCGGAAGGCGCCCGAGCGGUUGGCGGACAAAGCGCAAGAGAAGAAGAAACCCAAAAAGAUCGAGAAGGCGAAGGCGCGCGCCGCGGCGAAACGCGGCGCGGUCACGGCCGUCGUGAAGAGGAGGGCGUCGGACGACGGCGUGUCGCCUUCAUUAAAACCCUUGUACAAAUUGCCGCUGCAGGCCAUGUGGCAGCGGCUGCGGGCGGACCACGGCUGGCGCGACGCGCGCGGUGAUAACCUGAGGCCCUGGUUUUAUGUAAGACCAGGUGUUUCUGAGAAGCGGUCCGAGUGGCGCGAGGGCCGCGACUACUUCGCGACGCAAGAAGACUUGAGGGCCUGGUGCGUCGACCAUCGGAUCGACGGGGUCGAGCGGAGCGGGUCGUUGAACGAAGUGUUGGAGUCGUCCAAGCCCAAAUUAGUUGAUCUGCGGGGCGCGGACCUGUGGCAAAGACUGAGAGAAGUAGGCUGGAUCAAGCGCGCGUCGACGGACGCGUCGAAGCCGCCGUGGCGCUUCUUCCGGCCCGGCGCGGACGUCUUGGAGGUGCCUCCCACUAGAGACCACUUCUUCUGUAGUCUGGAAGACGUCGCGGACUUCGUCGUCUCACGGGCCAUCGACGGCGUCGAGCGGAAGGGCCACGUCGACGAAGUCUACGAGGCGGCGAAGCCGAGGAAGCGGGGGCGGAAGAAGAGCCCGCCGCCGCCGCCGCCUCCUCCUGAGGAUGAUGAUGACGACGACGGUGGCGACGCGCCGUCCGCGGGCGGGCCGCGCGGCCGCGGCGGCGGGCCCCGCGGCGGCGGCGGCGGCUCGCGGCCCCGGCGCGGCGGCGGCGGCGGCGGCAAGCCGCCGCCGCGGAAGCGCGGCCGCGGCGGCGGCGGGCCGCGCGCCGGUUCUAAUGAAGACGGCGACGCGCCGGACCGCGGCGGCUGCGCCGUCGCGGCGGCCGCGCCGCGGCGCUUCGGCCGCGAGCUCACGAACGGCUCCGCCGGCGGCGCGCCGCCGUCCACGCCCAUGAGCGACGACGACGACGACGACGCGCUGCGCGUCGAGCCGCCGUCGCCGUCGGCGCCGCUGCUGACGCAGGCGGCCGCGGCCGUCCCCAUGAGCGACGACGACGACGACGACGACGACGCGCUGCGCGUCGCGCCGCCGUCGCCGUCGGCGCCGCUCCUGACGCAGGAGGCCGCCGCCGAGCCGCUCUCGCGCUCGAGCAGCGACGCGUCGAUGGGCCGCCGCCGCCGGAGCGGGCCGGUGUCCUACGCCGAGCCGUCGCUCAAGGCCCGGCUGCGCCGGUCGUCCGCGGGCUCCGUCUGCGAGAUGGCGCCGAGGCCCACGCGGCGAUCCGCGCCCACGUCGGACGCCGGCGCCGCGCCGGCCUCCUGGAGCGACGACGACGACGACGACGACGACGCGCCGGCGCCGGCCGCGAGCGACGACGACGCCGCGCCGGCGUCUACGAGCGACCAAGACGCGGCUGCGCCGGCGGCCAUGAGCGACGACGACGUCGCGAGUGACGACGCGCCGCCGCCGCCGGCGAGUCCCGACGCCGCCGACGACGAGGAGGAAGCCGAGGAGGCGCCGGCGCCGAAAAAGAAGCGCGGACGGCCGCGAAAAUCGCCCGCUGCCGCCGAGGACGACGACGCGCCCGCGCCGGUUGUAUUGAAGGCGCCGCCGAUGCCGCCCGCGGCCUUACCGCCGUCGCCCCAGACGCCGCGCCGGCCCUGCCCCGCCUGGGACGAGCGCGGCUGGGACGCGUUACUAGCCACGCCCCCACCGGACCGCUGGCGCGGCGACGCGGCCCUCGCGCCCUUCGUCGAGGCGCCCGCCGCCCCGGGCGUGCCGGAGAAGAAGGCCACGUCAAGCCCGUCGAAGCGCCGCGGCGCCGCCGACGCGGAGGAGGCCGACAGUUCUAUUGCGGCGCGCGUCUUCGAUGCCGCGUACCACAACAUGGGCAACAACUUCGGGGCCCUGUACUCGCGUUUACUCAAGCCGCGGGGCUGGACCUACGCUACGACUGCGAAUCGCACGGGCGGUCUAUAUACGGCUCCGGGUGCCAAAGGUCUAUCCGAGAAGAUUGCGGGCACGCACACGUUCGAGUCCGCGGACGAGGUCCUGAAGUUUGUGAGAGAGGACCCGUCGAUGGCGAAGGAGCUGCGCAGAUUGGCCGGAGACGAUGCUUCUGGUGGCGGUUCGGUUUUCAAACCGUCUACCGUUUCUCUGUGGCGCAGCGCUACCACUCCCCAGACCACCAAGGGCUUCGUGUCUACGUUCUUUACGACGAAAUCAAAAGAAAAACGCGGCGGCAAGCGCAAGGGCUACGAUGGCCACGGGCGAAGGCCGGGGAAACGAAGUCGGAGGCUCGACGCGAGGGACGCGCGCCUGCGCGGCGAGGAAGAGCGCCGAAGGGCCGAGCGGCAGGCCGCGUCGGAACUCGUUCUUCCUUCAGUGGCGGAGGCCCUCAAGUACAAGGAUCCGACGACGCUCAAGCUCAGUCAACACUUCGUGAAGGACCAGCGGCGCCAGUUCGGGUCCUGGCUCUGUAAGUUAUUAGGGGGCGGCGUGUCGCUGAUGCUGCAGGGGUUCGGGUCGAAAUUUGAGUUGCUCGAGGCGUUCACCGAUGAGGUGUUGAGGGAGGAGGGCGAGGUCGUGGUCAUUAAGGGAUUUGACGACGCCGACCUAAGGUUGGAGCUCAUCAGGGCGGCGUCGUCGCUGAAGUUAAGAUUAGCGCCGUUACCGAACGAAGAGCGGGGCUCGACCGUAGCCAUAGCGAAGCGCUUCGCGGCGGCCUGUGCCAAGGCUCAAAGAGAUGUAUUUGUAGUGGUCCACUCCGUCGAUGCCAAAAGACUGCGGUCCCAGGACUGCCAGGCGGCGUUGGCCGCCUUGAAUGCGUCGCACAGUUACCUCGUGGCGUCGGCGGACCACGUGAACGCGCCUUUAUUAUGGAACGCUACUACGUGGCGCGCGGCCAAUUUCUGUUCGGAAGAUGCUACCACUUUCUCACCUUACGACCGCGAGGCGGGCCGGUGGGACCCCUUCGACCGGACGAGUAACGCGAAGAGCCAACAAAAAUUGCUCGAUACUUCUGGAUUGGUCUAUGUUUUGCAAUCGCUCACGCCGCGCCACGUCGAGUUACUUCGAUUACUAGCGACCGCCCAGCAGGAGUCGAACGAGGGCAUGCUCUUCAAGACCUUACAGUCGCAGUGCCGCUACAAGAUGAUCGCGCACACCGAGGACCAGGUCCAUUCCUAUCUGGUGGAGCUCACGGACCACGGCCUCUGCCGCAAGGAGGUGCGGUCGGGCUCGACGUACGUCGCCGUCGAGCCAGGCUACGUCGAGGCGAUCCUCGCGGCGACCUAG